AGUUGAUUUGCAGCAGCGAUUCGGUGACGACGUGCCGAGGAAAUCCGCCUAGUAAAUAUACUAUAGUGUUCGGGUGCCCUGAGAAUGAGAGUGCGUAUACGCCGCGGGUGCCCGUGCCGCCAACCAAUUGUUGAUUCCGUUCCCAAAAGGAUUAUUCAACAGAUCAUCUGCGGCACUCAGAGCCGAGCAAAGUCACCCUGACGAAGCCUACGACCGAGUCGCUUGAAGGCGAGAUUCAGCUGGAUACUGAAGAAAAAUAUAUUUCCACAGUGAAAUUUAAAAAACACUAAAACAAGAACUGGCUCUAGUUCAGAGAAACCCAACAAGUGCUUAGAAAAGCUCACAAAACAUUUAUAAACAAACAGUUAAAUUGUUACAAACAACUAAGUUGACUAAACACACAACUUAUAAACGUUAAACAACAAUAGAAAAUACCCCAAUUGUUUCUGGACAAAUCCGAAAGGGGUACCUCAAUGAUUGGAUUCGACAAUGAGCAGAAGUAGGCAGCUCAAGAAUCACAUCUGGAAUAAUCAAAACUUCGUAGAGUAAAAUCGGUUAUGGACUGGUUACUAGCAACCCCGCAGUUGUACAGCGCCUUCUCCUCGUUGGGAUGUCUGGAGGGAGACACCUAUGUGGUCAAUCCGAAUGCAUUGGCCAUUCUCGAGGAGAUCAACUACAAGCUCACCUAUGAGGACCAAACGCUGCGCACCUUCCGGCGAGCCAUUGGAUUCGGCCAGAAUGUGCGGUCCGACCUGAUACCGCUGCUGGAGAACGCCAAGGACGAUGCGGUGCUGGAGUCGGUGAUCCGGAUACUGGUCAACCUGACGGUGCCCGUGGAGUGCCUGUUCUCCGUGGACGUGAUGUACCGCACGGACGUGGGCCGCCACACCAUCUUCGAGCUGAACAAGCUGCUCUACACCAGCAAGGAGGCCUUCACCGAGGCCAGGAGCACCAAGAGCGUGGUGGAGUACAUGAAGCACAUCCUGGAGUCGGACCCCAAGCUGUCGCCGCACAAGUGCGAUCAGAUCAACAACUGCCUGCUGCUGCUGCGCAACAUCCUGCACAUCCCGGAGACCCAUGCCCACUGCGUGAUGCCCAUGAUGCAGUCGAUGCCGCACGGCAUCUCCAUGCAGAACACGAUCCUGUGGAACCUGUUCAUCCAGAGCAUCGACAAAUUACUCCUGUAUCUGAUGACCUGCCCGCAGAGAGCCUUCUGGGGCGUGACCAUGGUGCAGCUGAUUGCCCUGAUCUACAAGGAUCAGCAUGUCAGCACCCUGCAGAAACUGCUGAACCUCUGGUUCGAAGCCUCUCUGUCGGAGAGUUCUGAGGAUAACGAGAGUAAUACCUCGCCCCCCAAGCAGGGCAGCGGCGACUCCAGCCCCAUGCUGACCUCGGACCCCACCUCCGACUCCUCGGACAACGGCAGCAAUGGGCGCGGCAUGGGCAGCGGGUGUGGCAUGCGGGAGGGCACGGCGGCCACCCUGCAGGAGGUGAGUCGCAAGGGCCAGGAGUACCAGAACGCCAUGGCCAGGGUGCCGGCCGACAAGACGGAUGGGUUCGAGGAGGCCAGCGAUAUGACUGGCAACGACAGCGAGCAGCCGGGAUCCCCGGAGCAGUCGCAGCCCACUGGCGAGUCCAUGGAAGACGGCGAUUACGAGGAACGACAGCAAAUCCAGCGGGACGAGAAUGAAGAUGAGGAAGAAGCGGAGGAAGAGGAAUACCUGCAACUGGGCGAAGCCUCGGAACCCUUGAACCUAACCCAACAACCAGCUGACAAGGUCAACAACACUACCACCCCGGAGUCCAGCCCUCCGACUGGCUGCCUGGGCAACGAGCCCUUCAAGCCACCACCACCCCUGCCGGUCAGGGCCUCCACCUCGGCACAAGCUCAGAUGCACCAGUUCAACGAGUCGUCUUACAAGACCCACGUGUCGGCAGUUAAGCUGGGCCAGAAGUCGCCACAUGCCGGGCAACUCCAGCUGACCAAGGGGAAGUGCUGCCCCCAGAAGAGGGAGUGCCCCUCCUCGCAGUCGGAGCUUUCGGAUUGCGGCUAUGGCACCCAGGUGGAGAACCAGGAGUCCAUUUCCACCUCCAGCAACGAUGACGAUGGGCCGCAGGGCAAGCCGCAGCACCAGAAGCCUCCGUGUAACACGAAACCAAGGAAUAAACCCCGCACCAUUAUGUCACCCAUGGACAAGAAGGAGCUGAGACGCAAAAAGCUGGUCAAGCGCAGCAAGAGCAGUCUCAUCAACAUGAAGGGUCUGGUGCAGCACACCCCCACCGACGAUGAUAUCUCCAAUCUGCUGAAGGAAUUCACAGUGGAUUUCCUGCUCAAGGGCUACAGCUAUCUGGUGGAGGAGCUCCACAUGCAACUGCUUUCCAAUGCGAAGGUGCCCAUCGACACAUCGCACUUUUUCUGGCUGGUCACCUACUUCCUGAAGUUUGCCGCCCAGUUGGAGUUGGACAUGGAGCACAUCGACACCAUACUCACCUAUGAUGUGUUGAGUUACCUGACUUACGAGGGUGUGUCCCUCUGCGAGCAACUGGAACUGAAUGCUCGACAGGAGGGCAGUGAUCUGAAGCCCUAUCUGAGGCGGAUGCACCUGGUGGUGACGGCCAUCAGGGAGUUUCUCCAGGCCAUCGACACCUACAACAAAGUUACCCAUCUGAACGAGGACGACAGGGCCCACUUAAGGCAACUCCAGAUGCAGAUCAGCGAAAUGUCCGAUCUGCGGUGUCUCUUUGUGCUCCUGCUGAGGCGCUUCAACCCCAGCAUCCACUCCAAACAGUAUCUCCAGGAUCUAGUGGUCACCAAUCACAUACUCCUCCUAAUUCUGGACAAUGCGGCCAAAUUUGAAGGAGGCACAUCGAUUCGCCUAUCAGAGCACAUUACACAGUUUGCCACUUUGGAGGUAAUGCACUAUUAUGGCAUCCUGUUAGAGGACUUCAACAACAAUGGGGAGUUCGUCAACGACUGCAUCUUCACCAUGAUGCAUCACAUAGGCGGUGAUCUUGGGCAGAUUGGAGUGCUCUUCCAACCAAUUAUUCUAAAGACCUAUUCGAGAAUUUGGGAGGCAGACUACGAACUGUGUGAUGACUGGUCCGACCUUAUCGAGUACGUCAUUCACAAGUUCAUGAACACUCCGCCGAAGUCGCCUCUAACCAUUCCCACAACUUCUUUGACUGAAAUGACCAAAGAACACAAUCAGGAACAUACCAUUUGCUCUUGGUCGCAGGAGGAAAUGGACACCCUUUAUUGGUAUUAUGUGCAGAGCAAGAAGAACAAUGAUAUAGUGGGAAAAAUAGUGAAGCUCUUUAGCAACAAUGGCAACAAGCUGAAGACUCGUAUUUCUAUCAUCCAACAGCUUUUGCAACAGGACAUUAUUACCCUGUUGGAGUACGAUGACUUGAUGAAGUUCGAGGAUGCCGAGUACCAGAGAACUCUGCUGACCACACCCACUUCCGGAACAACAGAGUCUGGAAUUGAAAUUAAAGAGUGCGCCUACGGAAAACCCUCUGAUGAUGUGCAGAUCCUGCUUGAUCUGAUCAUCAAGGAGCACAAGUCCCAGCACCUGGUGUGGCUGCAGAAGAUCCUGAUCGAGAGCUGCUUCGUCAAGCUGACGCUGCGGAGUGGUCUCAAAGUGCCGGAGGGCAAUCACAUCAUGGAGCCGGUGGCCUAUCACUGCAUCUGCAAACAGAAAUCCAUACCCGUGGUGCAGUGGAACAACGAGCAGUCCACGACGAUGUUGUACCAACCAUUUGUAUUGCUGCUGCACAAGUUGGGCAUCCAGCUGCCGGCGGACGCGGGCUCAAUCUUCGCCAGAAUUCCCGACUACUGGACGCCGGAGACAAUGUACGGACUGGCCAAGAAGCUGGGACCCCUGGACAAACUCAACCUCAAGUUCGACGCCAGUGAGCUGGAGGACGCCACGGCGGCGAGUCCUGCGCGGUACCACCACACCGGGCCGCGGAACUCCCUCAGCUCGGUGAGCAGCCUGGACGUGGAUCUCGGCGAGCCGGAGGAGCUGGCCCUCAUCCCCGAGGUGGACGCCGAUGUGGAGAAGGCGCACGCCAUGGCAUCGACGCCCUCGCCCAGCGAGAUCUUCGCGGUUCCAAAGACCAAGCACUGCAACUCUAUAAUCAGAUAUACGCCCGAUCCCACGCCUCCAGUUCCCAACUGGCUGCAAUUGGUCAUGCGCAGCAAAUGCAAUCAGCGCUCAAGUCCGGCUGGUGAUCCCAGCGAUUGCAUUGGAUCCUCGUCGACCACCGUGGACGAUGAGGGGUUGGGGAAGUCCAUCAGUGCGGCCACUUCGCAGGCGUCCAGCACUUCGAUGAGCUCGGUGAACCCGACGACCACGUUGAGCCUCAACAUGCUGAACACCUUCAUGGGCAGCCACAACGAGAACAGCAGCAGCUCCGGAUGCGGGGGCACCGUGUCCUCCUUGUCCAUGGUGGCCCUGAUGAGCACGGGCAUGGCGGCGGCAGGCGGAGGAGGCGGCUCCUCCGGCCUGGACAUGGAGGUGGAUGUGGAGGCCUCCAUGAAGUCCUCCUUCGAGCGACUGGAGGUCAACGGAUCGCACUUCUCGCGAGCCAACAACCUGGACCAGGAGUACAGUGCCAUGGUGGCAUCGGUGUACGAGAAGGAGAAGGAAUUCAACAGCGAUAAUGUCUCUCUGGCCUCGGACCUGACCAGAAUGUAUGUGAGCGACGAGGACGAUCGACUUGAGCGAACCGAGUUCCGGGUGCCCCACUAUCACUGAGGAUCCCCUGCCGCGAUAGCCCGAUCAGCGAUCUUUGAGUGAGGCCCACCAGCUGGAACGAAUUGUACCUUUAGCAAGCAAAUCGAGUAACCCUUAGUACCACACAGCACAAGGAUUGUACAUUAAUAUGACCUCUAGAUGCAAAAGUAUACCUGAUUAAUUAGAGUUAACGCAAGUCUAAGCAGAAAGUGAAGUGCAUUAUACGGUUACUAGACGUGAGGCUCCUAGGAUUCUAUUCGUAUCGUAUCCCUAAGCUAACCUUAGUUUCCCACUGUAUUCUGUAUACUUACCACAUACACAUGUAUCAAAAUGGGCAGUUCCUGGUUGAAAUAGUGCAAAUAUACACAGAUAAUCUAUUUACACGAGUAAGGGAGAAGAGCGUCCGUAUCCGAGUCCAUCUGUAUGUAUAUCCUUAGUCGUAAGUUAUGCUUAGCAAUAAUAAAGCUUUCUCUGUAGCCGAAAAGUCCACAAA